UUUAUGGUUCUGUAGUGUCAUGUUUAAAGAAAUUUGGAUUUUAACUUUGAUUUGGUUUGUCGACUGUGAACACGUUGAAGGUGAACAGAAGAACGAACCAAUCAUUGCUGCUCCUGGUCGUGAUGUCCUCCUGCCGUGUCGUCUGGACUCUGAGGUGGAUCUCCAGGAUCACACUGUGGAGUGGACCAAACUGGAGAUGGACCCUGACCCAAUAAAGAGGGCUUUUGUGUAUUUUUACCAGAACAGGAAGACCAUGACCAAAGUCAUGUUGGAGACGUUCAUCCAGAGAGUGUCUCUGAACCCAGACGGACUCAAACGAGGAGACGUGACGUUAAAGAUCAGGAACGUGACGCUCCAGGAUGAGGGAAUGUACAGAUGCUACAUCCAUGAAUUGGACCACAGAGAGACGGUUCAUCUGGUUGUUGAGCCAAACGGAGUCAGAGCUCCAACCAUGGAAACAUCCCAGUUUAACAUCUCCACUCCAGAUCCAGGAGGAAGAGAGAAGAACAACAUCAUGUCCAGUUAUAUGAUACUGGGUCUUUGUAUUGGUCUUGUAGUUUUUGUUUUAUCCAUCCUCUCUGCUUUUAUUUAUAUCUGUCAGAGGAGACGACAGAAAAAACCUCCUUCAAUGAAGACAUUCUAUCUCUCCAAGGCUGAUAUGUGCAUCUUGAAGAUCGAAGAAUGUUUCUCAAGCUGCAGCCACACAGAGGCGCUACACAGCCGUACUGCCACGGAUGUGCGUGAGGAAGAGGAAGGGGCUCUCUGGGAAGUUUGAAGAUCUGAGACAUUUUUUAUAAUAAUAAUAAUAAUACAUUUUAUUUGUUGGGCGCCUUUCAAGGGACUCAAGGUCGCCUUACAGUCAAAAAUAUACAAACACAAUAAAAGAACAGUUAAAAGAGCAACAAAGCAGAUAAAUACAGCAUAAAAAAUAAUGGAUUGCAAAUCAGGAUGGAUAAGAUUGUUGGAAUAAAUGAGUUUUAAGAUUAGAAAUAAAAUAAUAAAUAGACUAGUUCAGGCUUUUAUGGAUCUCAGGUCCGGUCCCACUGGUUUUCACGGCCAUAUCACGGCUGUGGUACAGACACUGUUAGCAGAGGAGCGGCAGUGGAAUGGACUCCAGCGUCUGUAUCACUGCUUUUCCAGAAACAAGCAUUAAGUUAGUGCGUCUAAGUGCGUGUGGCACAUUUUAAACAUUUUUUACCCGUGAUAUGGCCAUCAAAUCCUGUGGGACCGGUCUGUAGGUUUGGUUUGAACUGUUGAACCAGAUUGUUCUGAUCUGUGAAGAGUUUGACGUUUGUUCCAGAAGCCAUGUUUGGUUUUUCUUCAGAUGUUCAGAGGUUUCUCCUCAUAGGGUUCCUCUGCAUCAGCUGUAGUAGUUCUGCUCUUCAGAGGUCAAGAAGUCGAAACCACUCUGGUUGGGACGUUUACCAACAAAUCAAAUGGCUCAUUAACCUGAACCAUGAAAAAGGUUAGUUUGGUAAACGUUCUCUUUUUUUCCUCUGCUCAGAGUUCCCAUCUAUGGUCAUAGUCACAGUCUUUGAUCUAUGGUCUUAGUCACAUGGUCUUUGAGCAUUGAAGAGAAGAGCGACUACAUUUUAGGAGAUUGCAAGUGUAUCUUGUAGAUCCCUUGAGUCUCGUACAGCCACCUCCAAGGACGUUUUCAAAAUAGAACGUACCAUGGUGUGUGGUAUGGUCAAUCGGAAGUUUUUGUAAGACUAAUGGAAGUUACACGUAUUAACGUUGUUAUUCCUACUUGCCAACACAUUUGUUGUUAGUAAGGCUGCAAAAAACUGACCCCACUCCGACUGUCAACAUACCUAGGAUGUCACCAGUGUUAAGGAUGACCUCAUCAUGAUGUGCUUGACACUAUUAUACAUCGUACUGUGUGUACAACAAUGUCGCUUCUCCCACAUACAAAAAAAAACGUUUUUUUUUCUAUGUUUGAAGCGCUAAUAGAGGAUUUAAAGGGCCUAUACCAUGCAAAAUCAACUGUGUUUUAAAGUAUAUCAUACAGUUCUUUCCUCACUGAUUCUACCAAAGGUAGACAUAUGACAUACACAUCCAUGUUUGCAAAAGUUCAGAUGUUUGUUUUCGUGGGACACGCCACAGAAUGAUGUCAUGACAUGAUGGGCGGCAAGGUGGAGCCUCAGGAUUGAGGUUGGAAAAAUACUCAAAAAUAACAAUAACUCACAAAACAACUCAUAUUUCAAAAAUAAUUUGUUCUUUAGUGUACCAAAGGUAAUUAUGUAAAUGAUCCUAUCUACGGAUACAGUUUACCCUCAAAGACUUACGAAAAGCGUGGUAUAGGCCUUUUAAGAGACUGUUUGUCAAAGGGUUUUCUUCGGGCAGUUGGAACAUUUACUUCUGUUAAUAAUGCACAACUACAUUAGCCCGAAUUAACCCACAAGCAGCACAGACCGCACGUGCACGUGCAUUUGCACGUCCGGUCUGUUUAAAACAGUUGGUGGUAAUCGUACAUAUGCUGCCUACUUUCAUAUCAAGUUCGCAUUUAGUGUAUGUACUUCACCAAAAACCAGGCAUGCAUGUACGUCAAAUAAACUGAUGCACUCCAUGCCAAAUGUGUGGGGAUCAGGGGUUCGAUUGUGUUUAACUUUUUUCCAAUAAGUGUAUCUGUGCUUGAUUGUCACACCCUCUUAUACAAUCUGCAUUCUCCUGCCAACGUCACCAGAUCGUCUUGGGAACUUUCAAGGUUUUUUUGUACUUCUAUAAGUAUUCAUUGUUUGUGGGGUCAUGUGUGUGUGUGUUUAUGGAGGGAGGGGGUGAUUGGGGGUGGAUUGGGUUUCUCUCUUUUUAUUGAUUGAUUUAUUCAUUUGCUUGUUUCUGUUUUCAAUUGUAAAGCGCUUUGAGCUGCGCAAGUAUGAGAAGCUCUCUUUUAUGAAUAAAGUUUGAUUUGACUCUAGUGUCACAGGCCCUCUAGCCUUCUCAGUUUAAUUUCAUGCAGAAAUCAACUAAAUCUAUUCGGAACCAUGCUGUAUCCGUGCUCUGAUCCUGAUAAAAUGUGACUUUCCUCGGU